GCUCUUAGAUAAUUAAAGACUGAAUUCAUUUGAAUUCCAGAAUCCAUUGGAUGUGAGAUUGUUGGGUCUGCUGUACGGGGGCGCAUGUGCUUUAGUGCUGUUCUCCGGUCCCGGGCGCUCCGGACACCCACGUCAGCAAAACGUUUUUCCAGCACGAACGGGUUUCGGUCUUUCGGGUAAAGCAGGAAGUGAACGACGCUCGCCCUGAAAACAAAAGCUGGAGAAAUACAUUCAUAGUUGGCAGAGAAAUGGAGAUGGUUUGUGAAAGUGGGACAUCUCGGAGUGCGGGUGAAGCGGGGCAUCCGCCUGUUCAGAAAUGGACCAGUGCAGAUAUGUCAGCCAUUCACCAGAGCUGUCUACUAAAACAGCUGGACCAGCAGCGGCAACAGGGAUUGUUCUGUGACUGCAACAUCCUGGUGGAGGGGCAGAUUUUCCACACACAUCGAAAUGUCCUGCAUGGCAGCAGUGGAUACUUCCGCAUGUUGCUAUCUCAGGGAGCUAAAGACACUCUAGACUCUGUAAAUGUUUCCUUUGAUGUCUUCAGCCCUGAAAUCUUUUCCAUCAUCCUGGACUUUAUUUACUCUGGUCAGCUGGAGCUCAACAGCUCCAAUGUAAUAGAGGUGAUGUCAGCCGCCAGCUACCUGCAGAUUAAUAAUGUUAUUUCCUACUGCAAGACCUUCAUUAAAUCUUUCCUUGAGAUCAGUGCAAAAGAGGACGAUGAGAAUCGUUACUUGGGUGUGUCGGACAGCACCCCACAACAGGAUAGACAAGAGAAUGUCAUCGAGCCGUCCACCAGACUCUGGAAGCACGAAAAGGAAGAUCAGGCAACAGAGGACAUCAGUGGAGCCAUAGCCUCCAGCCCACAGCCGUCCGGGCUUCAGCAGAACUCUCCUUCACAGCCCAGUCUGGAGGAACAAGAAGAGGAGAUGUUUAACCAGUUCAGUUUCAGGACUCGACGCAAAAGAAGAAACAGGAUAAAAACUCCAGAAUAUGUAACAGAAGACACAGAAGACACUACACUUAUUGACCUACAGGGGGUGGUAUCACACUGCACUCAAAAGGCAGAUGAGCUGUAUGCCAACCUUCCAUCAAUUGUUGGGAUAGUUGGGGCAUUUAAUAAAGAUUCCACUCCUUCGAUGCGUUAUAAAUGUCCGUUCUGCACACACACAGUAAAGAGGAAGGCAGACUUAAAGCGUCACCUCCGCUGUCACACAGGUGAGCGUCCGUAUCCCUGUCAAGAAUGCAGCAAGCGUUUCACUCGCCUGGAACACCUGCGCAGCCAUUUUGAGACGAUCCACCAGGCCUGUAAGUUGGUGUGCAGAAAGUGCAAGCGUCAUGUAACUGAGAUCAAUGGACGUGUGGUGAGCGAGGGAACUCGCAGAUACAGGCUUUGCGACUCUUGUAUUCAAGAGAGCGGGUAUAGCGAAUUAAUCUCAGAUAGGACAGAUGGAAAUGGAGAAAAAGAAGACAUGUUGUUGGGUGUGGAAGAGGACAUGAGUGAGAACAGACAAGUAACGUGGGUCAUGGACGAUGAUGACCUCGCGGAAGAUUCCGGAGCAGAUCUUAUCAUCCAGGAAGUGGAGGACAGCGAUGAGGACAUGAGUGGAAAAUGAAUAUGUGUGGGUAUGAGUGAGUGAGUGAAUGAUUAAGAACAACUUCUUGCCAGUUUAUUGUCUGUUGUAAUUUCAGAAGAGAGAUGACUGGGUUUUGUACAAAAUUUCUCAUUCAUAUCUAACGUACUAAAAAUAUAACAGUUUUUUAAAAGUAUUAUUAUAUUUCUGUAAUCUAAAAAGUUUAAAACGUUUAUUUCAAAGAUAUUUGCAAAAAGUGUAUCACUUUUUAUACUGUGCAUGGAGUCCAAGUGCCAUUUACUUUGUGUGAUGUGUUGUGUAACAGAUUUAUCUGUCAAAACCUUACCGAAAACAAACCUAGUUAGAUUUGUUACCAGUCAAUGGCUCAACAAAAACAAUAAAUAUUGUAUAUACGUCUGUUUCACCCUGGAAACAUAAUCUUGUCCUUGCGAUUCUGUCCAACUUUGUGGCGCCAGAAUUAUUUGUUUGAUGAUAACUUGCACUUUUUAAAGAAAAUAUAUUUUGCACAAGCAGUGUGUGUCUGAAUGAUCAUUUGCAUUAAUAAACCCUGGUGAUGUGCACAUAUUAAACUUUACGGCAACCCUUCACAGAAAUCCUUGAAAUUCCUCACCUCUAGAAAGUAGGAAAAAAAUGUUUGUUCUGAUUU